AUGAGCGUCUUCAGCAGCGCAUUCUCGUUCCAGCCCCCCAGCGACACAAACCAGCAGCAGCCUGCCCCCAGCCCCUCCCCCUUCACGACCCACCCCCCCACCUUUGACGCCGACCAGCCCCUCUCGCGCGCGCUCAGCACGGCCAGCAUCCCCGAAGAAGACGAGGAGCACGACGAGCUGGCCAGGAAGGCUGGGUGCGCCACUCUCCGCCAUCCCUUUCCCUGUCCCUUUCCUCUUACCACUAUGUAUCCCGCUGACAUGCAUCCCUCUGCCCUCGUCGACACCAUCAUUCGCUUCUACCCCCUCCACCACUCCACCCCCGCCCCUGCCACCCGCCGUCCUCGACCACUCAUCACCUACUCCACCUCUCUCCCCUACUACCCCCCGCCCACAUCCCCCUCCCGCUUCAUCCCCAUGCUCCCUCAUCAACAGCCUGCCCCCCAGCCCCAGCCCACGUCGGCCCAUUCCGCAAGCUCCCUCGCGCGCGGAGCCUCCCUCCCCCCCAGCCGCCGCGCAAGCCAAGACCACCUCCGCCAAUCCCGCUCCCAGUCCGUGCGCAACAUGCCAGCACACGACCCCGACCCGGGUCUCUUGACCCCUUCGCCUGCUGUCAACAUCCGCGGCAACCACCCUUCGCCGUCUCGUCCCAAACGCGGUGCUUUGAGCCCGUUGCAGACGCUCUCCCCGCUCGAGCCGCUCAAGGCGUCGCCGCCCGUGCGCGUGACAGACACUGCAGGCGCCGGGCCGAGGCGCGCUUCGUUGACCAGGAGUCUAAGCAGGAGGGAGAGUAUGGUCGAAAACGCUGCGGCGUGGAGGAGAGGCGAAGAAGUUGGGGGUGACGGGAGGGGUCUGUUCUCCAGGUUGACGUUGGUGAAAGCGCCCGCUGCUGAAAAGAAGGAUGAGCGCAAACACACUCGAAGCAAAUCCGGCUCAUCCCUCAUGCCAUUCAACUCCUUCGCCUCCUACUCUGACGCCCCCGCCACCUCCGCAUCUGGCCCCCGCCGUUCCUUCGCCGCCUCCUCCUUCGGCGCUUCCCCCUCUGCCCACUCGGCCGGCCUCCCUAUGCCCGACGCCGUCAACAGAGGCUCCGCCCACCGCGUCGAAUCCCGCUCCGGCAACGGCCGCAACGUCCAAAAAGACAAGCUCUUUUCUCCUGAACAAGUCGUCGAGCUCGCGCGGUCGAUCAACUCGCCCAAGGCUGCUUUAUCCCCUCUCCACUGCGCGAAAUCUGCGCGCUCCCUCCGCUCUUUCGGCUCUUUCGACGGUUCGCCCGAAAGGCCACAGGCAGAGCUCGAGCCGGUAGAGUAUAUGCAGAUGGAAGACGACGUGCUCCUCCCAUUCAUCGACCGUCCCUCCGAAGUCGCAGACUUGAUCGCCCACCCCUCCAACACCAAGCUAUUCGCCCUCCUCCGCGCUGCUUUCCCCAAAGAACCCGCCCGGCCCGAGUGGAAAUCCCUCGACCCCGCCCAGUGGCGCUGGGACGAGUUCCUCCUGCACCUCACCCAAGUCCCUCGUUCCGAAGUGGACGACUAUGACUGGGUGUUCAAAGACCGCCAAGCCGUCCGAUCGCACAGCGUCGCGUUAUGGGAGAAACUCGGCACUUGCCUCGGGUGCGACGAAGCCCUCCUCAACGCCGGCUCGGAGGACGGUUCGCCCAACACCUGGGCCGGCCUCGGGCUCGACGACGACGGCGAGCAAGACGCCCCGGAUUCACACGUCUGGAUCGAAGGCCUCGCCGCUGAAGACCAGACCGAACGCGCCCACGCCGAACGCCAGCUGCGCGAUGCGUUCGGCGGGAUCGUAGAGGAUGAAGGGGAAGCGGCUGCCGCGGGUAUGACGGCGCUCCUCGGGCCUAUUGGUGAAGGGAAUGGUCGGCAGGAGAAGGGGGGAGAGUUGACGCCGGCGCAGAGGGCGGGGCAGAAGGAUAAAAUUGAUCCGAUGGGUAUGGGUUUGGGGCUGGGUGGGAUUACAGAGUCCCCCGUCGACGCCACCUUUGGGCACCGCAAGAGCGAAUCCUGCAGCCCGACCACCUCCACAGCCCCACGCCAAAGCCGUCCUUCCUUCGUCGGUCUACAAAUCUGCACUUUACCCUCCAACGGCCACUCUUUCUCCCGCUCCCCCUCGCUCACCACCACCUCCCUCUCCGCCUCCGCCUCCGCCCAUAACACCUCCCCUCCCUCUCCUUCUCUAUCCACAACAUCCCACCUCCCCCUCUACACUUACGACCGCGACCCGGGUAACCCGCUCUUCCCGUCCUCCUUCUCCAACCUCUCUCUCGAGCCCAACCUCGGCAGGCGGGCGAGCAGUACUGUCAACGGUGCGGCGGGAGGCAUGUUUGGCAAGGGAGGAGGCGGGGCGGUGCCGAUGAGGGAAGAUGUCGUUGGCGAGCUUAGGAGGAAAGGCUUGGGCUUUGGGGGGAGGAAAGCUAGUCAGGCGGGGUUGAGUGAGAGUGAGUCAUUCUUUUCCUUUCUUCCAUUCUCCUGCUUGUGAUUUGUGGGCGUGGACUGGAGCUGAUGAGGUAAUAGGUGCGAUAACGUUUGCAAGUGAGAGCGAUUUCAGCGCCCAUUAGGCUGCUUUUUGCGUAUCCCCAUCAACCUCGUGUUCAUCCACCUCGCCGCUCUUGUCCGACCAUCUCGGCCAAAUCGCAUCACAUCUCAUCUCAUCUUAUCAAAUCACAAUCGCAUUCUUAAUUCCCCCACACUGUUUCAAUAUCAAAAAUCGCACGCGCCUGUGCAUCCAUCUCUUUGUUUUGAUAUCUUUUUCUCGGAAACUCGAACGAAAAAAUCUCAAAAAAUAGCUUGUAUCGAUAGCUUUUCCUCUCUCAUCUCUUGUUCUCUUAUCUCGUUUAUCUUGCCAUCUUCUCUUGCUAUCUUACUUUCUGUGCUGAUUGCGAUUUAUCUCACGCCUUUACUUGAUCUUGUUGAUAUUGUUAUUUACGCUCUCUCUUCUUGUUUAUUGCUUAUUGUUUAUUGAUGCUUCCUUCUGUGAUUAUGAGCUGAAUGAGCUGAAAUGUAUUUUCCGUGACGUCUGUA